CAAACAUCUCCAGCCCGGUCGAACUAAUACUCAAUCCCAGAGCACGACUCGCAAGACAAGAUAAUCGACCAUGGCAGACACCAGUGUUGUUAACAGCGAUCAGCAGCAGUCGCGCAGAGUCGCGCAGACUCCUUCAUUUUGUAGACUCUGCAACAUCGAGCUACGAGGACUGGAAACAUGGAAAGCCCAUGUCAAAAGUGACGGACAUGUUCAAAAGCUACAAGAAAAGGUCCAUGGCGUUACAGUGUCGUCAACGCCAACUUCUUCUUCGAAAUUGCCUUCGUCUUUAAGACAGACAAGAGACGAGUUUGAGGACGAUGACCCGGAAUCCGAAAGUGACGUUGAAGAUAAUGAUUUCGAAGAAGCCCAGGAACUGAUUGCUACAACAUUCGUCCCCGGUCACUGCCUCUUCUGCACCAAAGACUCUUCAACUUUAGACGAGAGCAUGAAACAUAUGUCUACAGCACACGGCUUCAAUAUUCCCUUCCAAGAAUUCUUAGCAGUCGAUCUCGAAACGCUAGUCUCCUACUUUCACUUCGUUAUCAAUACAUACAGAGAAUGCAUCUGCUGCGGCAGGCGUCGGAGUACAGUCGAGGGAAUUCAGCAUCACAUGCUAGCCAAAAGCCAUUGCCGUUUUGACAUCUCACCAGAAACAGAAGAGUUUUACGAGAUACCGCAAUACGAAGAUGCCUUGAGGGAUAGAAAGCAGGAUGCAGGUGAUCCUGUGAGGCUACCUUCUGGGAGAGUCAUCUCUCAUCGCAAACACGAAGAACCGCGCGUCCCUCGUCGAGAUGCACCAGAUCAGAAACGUUUAGACCCUUCAGCGCCUGCAGAGCCAGGUAUGGAGAUUGCACAUCGGCGAACAGUCAAUGGAAGUCGAGAGGUAGUGCAGGCUAAUGAAGCUAUCCUCGCUGCACAGCUCUCAAGGCUCAAGGUUACCAGCGACAGAGCAGCACAGCGGGAAGAGAAGCGGUGGAGGGGAAGACUGGAACGAGCGAAUAAUUUCUUUGCGCUGAAGAGAUUUAGGUUGGAUGCUGCGGAUAGUCGAAUGGGCCGGCAGUUCUAG